AUUGUGCGGCGCUGGUGCCCUCAGAGAGGACUAGUUACGGCGAGCGCCUUAGGCUCUCACCCUCGACCUUCGCGCUCCCGUCCUGGGAGUUCGGCGGGUCCGGGACUCCCAUCCGUGCCGGUGCGGGCGCCGGCAUGUGGCUGUGGGAGGAGCAAGGGGGCCUCCUGGGCCCCUUCUCCUUCCUGCUGGUGCUGGCGCUGGUGGUGACGCGCAGCCCUUUGAAUGCCUGCCUCCUCACCGGCAGCUUCUACAUCCUGCUGCGCUUCUUCAGCUUUGAGCCGGUGCCCUCCCGCAGGGCCCUACAGGUGCUCAAGCCCCGGGGUCGCAUCUCCGCCAUUGCCCACCGCGGCGGCGGCCACGACGCGCCGGAGAACACCCUGGCGGCUAUUCGGCAGGCAGCUAAGAAUGGAGCAACAGGCGUGGAGCUGGACAUUGAGUUUACGUCUGACGGGAUUCCUGUCUUAAUGCAUGACAACACAGUAGACAGGACGACUGAUGGGACUGGUCGGUUGUGUGAUUUAACAUUUGAACAAAUUAGGAAACUUAAUCCUGCAGCUAAUCACAGGUUAAGGAAUGAUUUCCCUGACGAAAAGAUCCCCACCCUGAGGGAAGCCGUUGCAGAGUGCCUAAACCAUAACCUCACAAUCUUCUUUGAUGUCAAAGGCCAUGCAAAUAUGGCUGCUGAUGCUCUAAAGAAAGCUUAUAUGGAGUUUCCUCAACUGUACAAUAAUAGUAUCAUCUGCUCUUUUUUGCCAGAUGUUAUCUAUAAGAUGAGACAAGCGGAUCAGAAUGUAGUAACAGCUUUAAUUCAUCGACCCUGGAGCCUCAGCCACACAGGAGAUGGGAAGCCACGCUUUGAUCGCUUCUGGAAGCAGUCCCUGCUUGUGAUAAUCGACAUUAUGCUCAAUUGGAGCAUGCAUAAUAUCUUGUGGUACUUAUGUGGAAUUUCAGCUUUCCUCAUGCAGAAGGAUUUUGUAUCCCCGGCCUACUUGAAGAAGUGGUCAGCUAAAGGAAUUCAUGUCAUUGCUUGGACUGUCAAUACCUUUGAAGAAAAAAGUUACUACGAAUCCCAUCUUGGUUCCGGCUAUAUCACCGACAGCAUGUUGGAAGACUGUGCAUCUCCCUUCUAGACUCUUGCCCUGUGGAGGAAAUGAGGGUUUAGAAAUGACCUGCCAGCCUCAUGCAAGGAUAUCGAUGUAACCUGUGUGCCAGCCUAAGUCCUGGGGGACCAGGUGGCUCUCACAGCAGUAGUUGGCAAAUGCAUUUUUAUCUGAACCAGAGCCAAACCCAGUCCACGGAAUGCCUGAGUUCAACACACUUGUGCUUGGAAAAUCUGGGUCUGAGAAAAGGCACAGCAGCUCCUGCCCCAGCCUAGCUGAGGUGCACACCAAGACCCAGUGAGGAUAAGAACAGAUUGAGUUGUGCCAUAUGAGGAUGCGGAUGCAGAUGCAUGGGAAAUGCUUGAUUGCUCCGAGCUGACAUUUUAAAACUUGCCACACUUAAAUGGACUUAUUUUAAAUAAUUUUUAUUCAGCUACAUUAACAAAGUACUGUAGAUAUCAAACUUGUGGCCAUACCAAUAAAAUCAUUAAAAGGAA